GGGAGGAAGAGAGGGAAACUCGGACAUUUUAAAAGCAGCUGAAAAGUGGGAUGGUGGAGGAUUAAUUGGGAUUCUCCCUGCCAUAUUGGGACUGUCAUAGUGUAUGUGGAGGGAGGUUGCACUGUAACCAGUACUUCACACUGCCUCUCAUCCUCAUUCCUGCCCUUUGGAGGAAAGAGUGUUAUAAACAUUAUUAUUCUUGUUUCCUCCCAUCCAUUAACCUCUAACUUUAGGACAUGGAAAAUUUAGUCUAACUUUAUUGCUUCUAGCCAGAAGGUGGAUGUAAAGCAGAGUGGAGGGUGAGUCCUGGCACUACAGCAUCUGGGAAAGAGAAGAGGAAAGUGCAAAUGCAUAGACCCCACUACAGAGUUGCAAGUUGUAUCAACAAAUCUAUUAAUCCUUGGAAACAGUAGCAAAUUAAUGUUUUCCUAGACGAGGUGUAGGUUUGCACCUGACCCUUUCCUCUUGCUGAGCCCAGCAAAGGUGGUGGAUUUGCAUGUAGGUGACCCAUGGAAACUGGAGACUCGGGACCAGAGAUCUGGCAACUCUGCUAAGUAUUGCGCCAUUGCCACAGGUGGCUCCAUGUUAAUCCUCCAUUUGACGCAACUCCACUGCCCCUCUCUCUGUUGUGGUUGUGUAGGCCUCUCAGGAGCCAAAGGUUUGGGGAUUAAAAGCUUAGGAUCUAGUUUGUAGUUCUCCUAGUUUUUAAUUUUUUUAAGUUUGGAGUGGUGGCUUGGUACAUCUCAGCUGGUGCUUUCGGCUCAAACGAUUGGCAUCAAGCCGUAGGGCAUUUUUCUGGAAACAGCAACAACGACAAAAAUGGGUUGGUUUCCCAAAAUGUCUGUUCGGAUUUUGUCCACCAGGUUAAGAAAGCGGAAUGGGACGGCAGAGGUCAGGCCGCCGAGGGUUUAAGCAAAAGGUGGCCGCUUUUGCGGAAUGGAAUUGGCAUUCAGGGGGAAAGAGUCUGGUAGUGAAAAAAGAGGGAGAGAUUUAAAUCCUCUUUUUGCUUGCCAGGCCUUUGUGAGUGUGCUUUUCCGUACCAACCUCCUGCAAUCUAGAAAGUUGGCUCCGGCGGAAGGGAGGCGGAAGAAGGCCUCUGUGUGUGUGUGUUUUGUGUUCACAUGCCCAGAUUUAAUGAUUAGGUUUGGCUAGCAAUCAUUAAUCCUCCAACGGCUGUUUUAAAGGGAACAGGGAAAGGUGUGCAGGGGAAAAACAAAGAUCGCAAAGGUGUGUAUAUUUCGGAGAGAGGGAGGGGAAAUCCACUUGAGCCAAAGCCUUUGGAUCCGAACAGCGUAAUCCAUUGACAGCUCCAAAACUGGAGAGGAAAACAGGUUCCUGCUAUGACUCCUCAUUGCAACCUUUAAAAUAACGGAGAAUUGUGUGGGAAGGGGAUUGACAACCCCUUCGGGUGGAAGGCCAAAGCAAGGACAAGUCAAGCCGUCUGCACCCACAGUGGGUGGCAUCCGCUCCGUCUAUGAAUCCAUCCAUUCACGGUGUGGAGCGCCUGCUUCUCUGAAGCAUGUAUAACAGCAAGAAGCCAUACGAGGGGGCACCCGCUGGUUAUGGCCCCCCUGAAGAUGACUAUGGGUACGGCAUCCACUCUCCUGCCCCUGGUUCCUACUAUGUGGAAGACGUGCCCCAGCAUUUCUACAAAUGGAACUCUCCUCCGGGCAUCGUACGGAUCUUGGAGGGCAUUGGGAUCUUCCUCUGCGUGGCCAUCUUUGCCUGUGUGGCCUCCACCUUGGCCUGGGAAUACGGCUACGGCUACGGUGGGAUGUACGGAGGAAACAUGGGCAAUUUUUACGGGAGCGGAUAUUAUGGGAACAGUUAUUAUGGGAGCGGUUAUUACGGAGGCGGCCUCGGAGGCUACUACGGGGGAAUGAUGAACCCCCGCUCGGCCAACGGGUUCAUGAUCGCCAUGUCGGUGCUGUGUUUUAUCGCCCUCCUGGCUCUCGCCAUCACUAGCCUGACCAAGUCGAGCGGAUCGCGCUCCCGCCGGUUCUACCUGGUGGUCCUCAUCCUGUGCGCCAUCCUGGCCUUCAUCAUGCUCAUCGCCUCCAUCGUCUACGUCAUGGGAGUCAACCCCCGGGCCCAGAUGUCAGGCAGCUACUACUACAACACCAACCCUAUGCUGGCCAUGUGCAACCAGAUCUACACCACCGGGGCCUACUUCAACCAGUACCUCUACCACUAUUGCAUCGUCGACCCGCAGGAGGCCAUUGCUAUUGUCUGUGGUUUCCUCCUGGUCAUCCUCCUCUGCAUCAUUUGCUUCUUCGCUCACAAAACCCGCCAGAAAAUUUGGAGAUACGGGCAACCCAACAUUUACUGGGACAGACCACCGGCAUUUCAGGAGGGCCCCAACGUGGAGGAAUGGGUGAAGAACGUGAACGGCGGAGUGAGCAGCCAUGACGAAACAGCCACCUUGGCCUACUCAGAAAAGCCCACAAGCCCCGCCAACGCCUUGGCCAGCUCUUACGACUACCGGCCCCCUGAAAAUGGCUACUAUGCCCCAGAAAAGCCAAGCAGCCCACCGUUCCAGACACCCACAGAUGGCAAGCCCGACCGGACCUUUAGCACCAGCACUUUGGAAGAGAAGCCCAGCCGGGAAAGCGCCAGCAAGCCACCCAUCCGCCGCGGGAGGCGACGCCGGAGGAACCCAGAGCUGGACGAAUCCCAGUACGAGACGGACUACACCACCGCUGUGGAGUCCAGUGACGAGCGCAACCAGGACGACUGGAGCAGCUUGUACCCUCCCAUCACAUCCGAUGACGUCCGUCAGACGUAUAAACAGGAGUUUGACACCGACCUUAAGCGUUACAAGCAGCUCUGUGCCGAAAUGGACAGUGUCAACGACCAGAUCAACCAACUCAGCAAACAGCUGGACCUCUUGGCUGAAGACAGCCUGCAGUACCAGGGGGUAGCCGAAGAAUACAACCGUCUGAAGGAUUUGAAGCGAACUCCUGACUACCAAACCAAGAAAAUGGAGACCAAAUCCUUGAGGAACAAGCUUUUCCACAUCAAGAAGAUGGUGAGCGACUACGACAAGCACAGAGGGUAAGCGGCGCCUGAGAAUCCCUGCCGCCCAAGGCAAUAUAAACAGGGGAUGGAUGGCAAGUCUUUCACCUUUCUAUCAACGCAUGACGCCCCAAAAGUGGAGGCUGGCUUUUAUUGAAACGUUCACCAAUGCAACAAACCUUUUACCCGUCGAAGUGCCAACCUCCCAGAGUGAAGACUAACUCCAGGUUGAUUCUUCUUCAACACCAGGACACUCAAUUGUGCCAAAAAAUGAAAGAAAAAGGACUUCAAGAAAGGAUCCGGGGGAAAAAAUCCAAACCUGCUGCACAGUUUCAACCCAGAGAGCUGGUUGCUUUAAUUUUUAGAGACCAAAAAGAGACAGCCUUCCUUUUUGGAACGAUAUCUUGAUAGUAUCCAUUAUCUUUCCAAUCAUCUGCGUCAUGUAAAGUUCUUCUUUUUUAAAAGCAAUUGUUUUAGGGGCCGGUCUUGUAGCCUGAACUGUCCAGAAAGUUUUAUUGCAAAGGUAUUCCCAUUUAGGUGAAGCCGUUUAGGGAAAUGCCCCCCUUCUCCGCUCUGCCU